AUGACUGCUCAGGAGAAUAUGAUAGUGCAUAGGUCGCGGUUUGUGGAAUUUUCGGCGGGAAAUAUAACGGCAUUGGCGUUUUCACACAAGUCUGACGCACAGAAGCUAACGCCAUCCGAGCUGCGUCUUGCUUUGGGAAGAUCUGAUGGAAGCAUUGAAAUUUGGAAUCCCAGGGAGAACUGGUUCCAGGAGCUGGUUAUUCAUUCCGGAAGAGAUAGAUCUAUCGAGGCGCUGUGCUGGAGAAAUGUUCCUGGAGAAGCUUUAAGACUGUUUUCCAUUGGUGGUUCCACGGCUGUUACCGAGUGGGAUUUAGCUACUGGAUUACCUCUCAAGAACCAUGACUGUAAUGCCGGUGUGAUAUGGUCGAUGGCAAUCAAUGAAUGUCAGGACAAGUUAGCAGUUGGUUGCGAUAAUGGUACAGUCGUUAUCAUCGACGUAUCAGGUGGCCCCGGGUGCCUAGAAUACGAUACUAUUCUGACGAGACAAGAGGCUAGAAUUCUUACAUUGGCUUGGAAUAAGGAUGACUACGUCAUUGGUGGAUGCUCAGACGGUAGAAUUAGAGUUUGGUCAGCACUGAAAGGUGCGGAUGAUAGAGGCAGGAUCAUUCAUACGAUGAAAGUGGAUAAGUCUAAAAAGGAGUCUACACUGGUUUGGUCGGUUUUGUAUCUUCCCCAGUCUCACCAAAUAGUGUCCGGUGAUUCGACAGGCUCUGUCAAGUUCUGGGACUGGGACCACGCCACAUUAACGCAAUCUUUCAAGACUCAUAUGGCGGAUGUUUUGACCCUGACGCGGGACGUGGCUGGGAAUAGCGUCUUCAGUGCUGGUGUCGAUAGAAAGAUAUUUCACUUCCAAAGGAACCAUAAUGGAGCACAGAAAGAUGCCAAAUGGGUCAACACUUCAAAUAGGCUUAUUCACGGGAAUGACGUAAGGGCCCUAUGCUCCUACCAAUCGAAAGGUGCUGAUUUCCUGGUCUCGGGUGGUGUAGAGAAAUGCUUGAUUAUAAACUCUCUAUCUGCUUUCGCAGAUGGAAAGUACCGUAAGAUGCCAUUAUUGGCCUCCAUUUCGAAGAAUAUGAUCAUCAAUAGAGAGCAAAGGCUCGUCGUCUCGUGGUAUGCAUCAACAGUCAGGAUAUGGCAUGUUGGUCAAGACUUUGACGGUAACAAUAACUACAGGUUGGUUUGCAAAAUGGUUUUGAAGGACGAACAAAACAUCACUACAUGUGCCAUCUCUCCAGAUGGUCAAGUCCUUGUUGUUGCAAGGCCGUCCUUAACGAAGCUAUUCCAUUUACAACCGCUGGAAACUAAACUAAAGGUGACAAAACUCGAUAAUAGCUUACUCUUAAGAACAGGCUGUAGUCUCGUACAGUUUAUCGAUAACUCAAGGAUCGCCGCCUGCUCCACCGAUGGCGAGUUAUUCACAGUUGACUUGGAGUCGGACCAAGAUGAUGAGAUGUCUUUGAUCGAGCUGCCGGAGGUUCCGCAGACCAAGAGUAGCGCCAAGAUCCCGUAUAUGAACAAAAUCAAUCACUUAGUUGUUGGGGGUGACCUGCUGGUUGUCGGACGCACUUGCGGUGCAGUGGAUAUCGUAAAUCAAACUACGAAUGAGUCUAGACCGUUGGUUCGUCUGAUGAACUUCAUAACGGCUAUGCUAUUAAACAAAGAGAGAGAAAGCAUCAUUUUGGUAACUGCAGAGAAUAAAAUUUACGAAUUCAACCUAAAAUCCGGUAAGCAGCAUUCAAGUCUGCUCACCGACUGGUCCAAAAACAAUACAGAUAAUUUACCUAUGCAGUUACAGAAGUCAACUGACAAGGUUCUUGGGAUAUCCUAUACCGAAAGUGAUCCGAAUAUGGUGUGGUUCUGGAGUUCAUCUUGGAUAUCAAGAAUCAACUUUUCCCAAGAUUUACCUCUCAGUAACAGAAGAAAAGCCAAAAAGCACGAUCGUGAUGGCUUAACGAUUACUGAUGACAGUAACUUUAUGGAUGAUCUGGCAGAUGUUGAAGAUGAGAACAACUUGGAACUAACAGAAGCGCUCCAAUUUCUGUCAAGCCAUACAAGAAGGUUCAAGCCCGAAGGAACGAGCAAGAGCAAAGAUGAGAAGAGUUUUUUCUUUACUGAUAAAUAUAAGCUCAUUUAUCAUGCCGAUCUUAUAGCUGAAAAGGAACUUAUAAUUGUGGAAAAACCAAGUCAGGCCGUGGGACCUCACCAUAAGGCAGUAGAUCUACCGAAGUUGCUAUUUUGA